CGUCAGACGGUCUUUUGAUAUAAACGCGUAGCUGACGUUAUCUCCGCACCAACUAGUUGGAACUACGGAAUAACAGCAUAUUUAAUGCCGUUUUGAACGGCCACCACGCUCUAAAACAAACCCCAUCCAGAAAAGCCCAUCAUGAGCCGCUUUAACCACCCAGGCCAACACAGGACCCAGUUCUCCCGGUCAGCACACCUGAUGUCCAAGCAGGAGCUGGAGAGAGAUUCUGGCUUCUCAGACGCCAGCUCUGAGUACCUCAGUGCAGUUGACCUGACUGACUCUGAGGAUGCGGGACGGACCGGCUCGACGAUUGGACAGGAUCCGUCCGGUCAGCAGGUGGCUGUGAUGGGAGGCUCGUACGCUGGACUCUCUCCGAUGAUCAUCAUGAACAACUUUGUCUUAAAGCAGCCGCCCAACGUGGUUCCAGCUGACAAACAGUGGGGUUUUCCUUCGCCGUUGGAGGUGAUGCCCCAGUCCCAGGUGGUUCUCCUUCAGCCCAUGGCCUCCAGCGGAAACAGCAGCUCCCUUAAAAGUGGCUCAGAGAAUCUGCGACAAUCAAAAAGCUACGUGCCCAUCCGCAAGUCCUACCCCAAAAUCGCCCCUCACCCAGUGGACACGCCCACAAAGAGGCCGGGAUCCUCGAGGGCGAGAACGAGCUCAUCGAGGAGGCACCACCACGGCCACAGGCCGUACAGCCCUCCAAGCCCGGCUCCGCCCCCACAGACGACGGCCAAAGCCGUCUCCUGCUUCGAGGCCACGGCGGCUCAAGCACAAGGCGGCGAGGGCGCGGUUCAGCUCGGCGACAAGUCCCUGUACGAGUCCACGUACACAGAUGAGUUCAGGACAGUGACAGACGGCAACAGGAUGCUCGCCGGCAAGGAGCAGGACAGCGUCUCACUGCACAGCAACAAACAGAAGCGCUUCAGCAAUACCUACAACAUCCUGAGCCAGUCGGGCCUGCUGGGCAUCACCAUGCGCACCAAGCAGCUGAUCAAGGAGAACAAGCGCACCCAGAGCCUCCUGCAGCAGCUGCAGGAGCAGACGGCCCUGCUGCUGAAGGCUCUGAGCAGCGGAGACCCGCAGCUGUGGACUGAGCUGCAGCUCUCUCUGCAGGACGGCGAGAAGGAACCGUGGGGGGGCAAAGGUCAGAGCGUCCCGGUGUAGGGUCGGUUCAGGAUCCAUCACAAAGUGAUAUAGCAAAUUAAAACCUAGCUAUUAGCUUUCACACUCUGAUCAGGGGCUUGUUCGUACGAAUCCUUUUCUUCAGGAAGCAGCUCAACCUGCUGGUUUGUCACGGAGCUGAAGCACAGGAGGCAUGCUUAGAUCUCAAACCCUCGCCUUUAACGAAACGACCCGCCGCUGUCUCAAAAGAGCAAGUGCCACUGUCAGCAGGGCUUCGGCUUUCACCUGUGGAAACGCAUGCCUUACAGCACAUAUAAAAACACACACCCGUUUAAACGUACAACGUUAAAGCUGUAGAAAAACCAGAGCUUAACUUUUUUUUUUUAAAUUAAAUUCAAAUGGAAGCACUUCCAUUGAGCAUCUGUUGAGUCUUUUCAGUAUUUUUUGUUUUUGCAGAUGCCUUCUUUAUCCACAAGCAUGUUGACAUGAAGCAUGACCUUCGUUUAAAACCAUUUCGACCUCCACUGUCACUAUUAUUUAUUGGUUUUAACUAUUCCGACCAAGACUAAAGCUGUGUGAAUCACGGAAACAAACCAGGUUUGUUGGGAGGAUUCUGAGAACGUGAGCCGCUCUUGCUGAAACGACGCCUUUGAGGACAAAGUAGGACGUAGUGAAAGUGUAGCAAGUGAAGUGCUGUAGCCUUUCGACUGUCUCGCCUUUGCACUUGUUUCUGCCAUAUUCAUUCCCACUGUAGAUUCCUUUCAGCUCGAUAUGGUGUGGCGAUUUGACAUUUUAAACUGCAGCUAAAUGUUUUCAUAGUGUCAUAUUACUGAUUCUUGCACAGAUUACUGACUA